ACAUAUAAUCCACAGAACAAAAAACCAGGAUGCUUGACAGAGAUGCAACAACAAACUGACACUGAACAAAGGCAAAAACUCAGACUAAAUACGCAUACGCAGGGGAGCCAGCGAGAUACAGGUACAACUAAUUAGGGCGAGCAAACAAUCAAAACUGGAGGGAAAAGCAAACAAAGACAAGGAGUAAAACAACAAGACACACAAGUUAGUGAGUAAAGAUGAGGGGGCGUUUCUCCCUCAGAGAGGAUAUAAAGACACAAACAACAAAAGUGCCUCGGAGGACCACACGUUUUCUACCCAAUGGACCCACAAAACAGCAACACGAUGAUGGUGGCGGCACUUGGUCGGCCUUUCACCCUCGGGAAGCUAUACGACUGCCGUCAAGACUCACUAAUCCCUGGCAUGACAUUGUGGGACCGCGAUGAUCUGGCAAAUCAUGUAGUAGAAAAAAUCCAGAACUACAAUGACUUUGAUAUAGUUGCAUCAGAAUCAAUUUCAGAAAAAUCUUCAGCACUAAAUAUAGAAGUAUCCCUGAAGGCAAGUUUCUUGUUUGGACUGGUACAUGUUUCAGGAUCAGCCAAAUACCUACAUAACAGUAAGACGUCCAAAAAUCAGGCCAGAGUAACACUGAAGUACGAAGCAACCACAAAGUUCCAGGAACUGUCAAUGGAUCAUCUUGGAAGAGGCAAUGUGAAGUAUCCGGAUGUUUUCGAUAACAGAAUAGCAACACACGUAGUCACAGGUAUCCUUUAUGGGGCACAAGCCUUCUUCGUCUUUGACCGUGAGGUGUCUGAUGAUGAAAGUCAUCAAGACUUUGAAAGCGACUUUCAUGGAAUUCUCAAGAAGGUGUCCAGCAUUGUGAUGAAAAGUAAUUCCCUGCAAUUGGACAACAACGACAUCAAAAAAGUUGAAAAAUUCUCUUGCACAUUCCAUGGAGACAUUUCCCCUAAAAAAAUGCCUGUGUCUUUUCAGGACGCAGUAGAAGUCUACCAAAGCCUACCAAUAUUGCUGGGAGCCAACGGAGAAAACGCCGUACCAAUGAAGGUCUGGCUGUUGCCACUGACAAGUUUAGAUUCUUCUGCCGCUAAACUCGUACGCGAGAUAAGUGCUGUGUUUGUAGAAGAAGCGCAGGCUGUCCUGGAAGACCUGAAGGAGGUGGAAAUGAGGUGCAAUGAUGCACUGAAAACCACUGCACACCAGUUCUCACAGAUUAGCAAAAAGAUUAAAACUUUUAAAGAAAUGUGCUCUGAGUUCAAGCUGCAAUUCCAACAAACAUUGGCAAAGAUACUUCCAUCAAUCCGAGGAGGAGGAGAAGAGGAGGCUGUGCUCGCAGAGAUCCUGAAGAAGAGACAUUCUUCUCCUUUCAACAACACAGACCUGAACGAGUGGAUGGACUGUAAAGAGAGAGAAAUCUGCAUCUUAAAAUCUUUAACCAAAAUGAUGACAAACACCAAGAUCGUCUCAUCUCAAACAGGCCUGUACAAGGAAAUUCUCAGUGCAGAGCAUGCUGUGUGUUUUGUUUUCACCUCACUGGGAAGUGCUGAACCGCACCUCUCAGCUUUAUCAGCCUACUUAAAACAAACAACCACACCAGACGACCCUCAAGACGCACAUACUCGUGAUGUAGAGAAGGAACAGUGGUACGCCUCAAAAGAAGUAGCAGAUGCAAUGAGGAAUAAAGCCAAGCUCUUCAGGGAUUUUGCAGAGGCCAACAAGGAGAACAAGAACAUAAAGUUCCUGAUGGUGGAUUCAACAAAUGAGACACAGAAAGGUUCGAGCAUCUAUCUCUAUAAAGAUGGCUUUUCUGUCAGUGAGAACUUUGAGCCGCCUUCGAAGCCUGAAACAGUGACAGUAAGUGACAUAAACCACAACAGCGUGACACUGAAGAUUUCUCCACCCAGAUUUGGAGCAGAGAGCAUCACCUCCUACUCUGUUGAGUACCGUGUCAGUGGAGAGGAUGGAUGGCAUCAAAAGAUGGCAUCAAAAGCUGAAGAAGUCACAGUGAGCGAUCUGUGUCCUCACACAGAGUAUUUGUUCAGAUGCAGAGCAGUGACCUCAGUAGGUGUUGGGCCAGCCAAUGAAGUCACUAUAAAGAUGCCAGGGCCAUUUCAUCCACACUGGGGGCAUUUUCCACCACCACCUCCUUCUGUCCUCUGCGACUCAUCAGUUAGUGACGGAGCCGACGUAGAGGAUCUUUCUGCAACCGGACAGCAGUGAAUAAAGGACCACAACACAGCGAAUAGGCCACCUGAUGUGUAAUAAGCCCAGUGACAGAGGUCAGCCUCUGAACCUGCGGGGGAAUCAAAGGUUUGACCUCCGUGCCAACAGUGCAGCUUCCCGGUGUGUGCUGACUUUGUUUUGAAGUCUCCAUCCUGAAGCAAACGUUCCUGUUGAACAACAACUGGCUUCACUGCUUUGACUGUGGGCCUGAGACUUGCACUGACUGCACCAUCACUUAGUUCUUCAUUUGUUCUCAUUAAUCAGUUACCAUAGUGACUGUGUUUGUGCUUGGUGAUAAUAAUGGUUGUUGUGUUGGCCUUUAACCAACAUCAUAAUAAAACAUAUAUGGUUUUGGUUUUGGUUGUUACAUGUUAAUUUGUUUACACUGUUGAUUUUAUCAUUAUUACGAGACACGAAGCACCUAAUUAUAAGACGGUUUUCUCAUAACUACAACUUCUGAAUCAUAUUUAUGAUAAAACAAAAUGGAAAUUCAACAGUUGUGCUCUGUGUAACUUGUAAAGGCGGUGUGUUUUCUUCUUCAAAUAUUAAUAAACUUUGAUGUAAUAUUUGUUAAUACA